AUGGCUCACUCUGGUGAUGAAUAUAAAGAAAUUUUGAUUUCCUUCCUGAUUUCUGCAGCUAUCCACGGUCACCUGACUGUGAGUCCCAGCAGAUCGCAGUUCUUUGAAGGAGAUAUUGUGGUUCUGAGCUGUAAGGAUGACCACAGCUCUGCUGUAUGGACCCUGACAAGAAACACAACCAAAGAAAGCAGAACUCCCUGUGGAACGCAGUGGGGAAAUAAAGCCGGUUCCUACUGCAAUGUCACCCACAUCAUCACCCUGGAUACUGGAGUUUAUUGGUGUGAGUCCAGAGAGGGAGCAGCCAGCAGCAGCAUCCAGCUCACUGUCACUGGUGGAUCAGUGAUCCUGCAGGGUCCUGUCCACCCUGUGAUGGAGGGAGAUGACGUCACUCUGAGCUGUCUAACAAAGACCACUCCCUCCAACCUCCCAGCUGCUUUCUAUAAAGAUGGCUCCCUCAUCAGGACUGAGCCCAAAGGUCACAUGACCCUCCACCAAGUGACCAGCUCUGAUGAAGGCCUCUACAGGUGUUACAUCAGUGGUCAUGGAGAGUCUCCAUCAAGCUGGAUCUCUGUUGAAGAUAAACCCACAGAAACAAGUCCGCCCACCUCUGGAGCUCCGACCUUAACGUCCUUUGUGCUUUGGCACCUGUUGGUCUUCUCUCCAUACUUCCUCUCCACCCUCCUCAUGGUGUCCGUGUAUCGACAGAGAGCCACAGCUUCACCCAUCCGGGAUGAACGGAGCACAGCUGAGCAUAUGGACUGUCCUGUGGGUGUCAUCACCGAGCAUCAUUUCUGAACUCAUGUUCAGCACAGCUGAUAUUUCUGUCCAGGAUGGAGCCACAGCCAAACAGGAACAGACCAGAUGAAGCUACUAUUAGAAGAAGCAGAGAGAGCAUAACGUUAGAAAUUGAACUAACAGAUUCUGCA